AAACAGAGCAAUGGCCGCAGUUGACACUUGACUCUCGACUGUAUAUUGUCUGUUAGUUUUUCUAUCUAAUAAAUAAAAAUUAAAUUAAACAAAUCAAAGCUAUACAACAGAAAAUAAAAAGUGGAUAUACUACAUAUAUUGUUUAUUAAUAAUAAUAACAAUAAUAAAUAAAAAGUGUGUUGUUGUUGUUGCUGUUGUGUCAAGUAAAUUAACAAUUAAAUUUAAAAAUAAUAACGGAGACAUCAAAAAUGGCACCAGUGCCCUUGGAGGGACACCAAACUCCUGUGGCAAAUAGUAUGCCACAAGAGGGUAAUCGUGGUGGUUCAAUAUCACUGGCAAUGCUUAUUGACUUUAUAAUACAACGUACAUAUCAUGAAUUAACAGUACUUGCUGAAUUAUUACCACGUAAAAGUGAUCAUGAUCGAAAAAUUGAAAUAUGGAAUUAUUCAGAAAGAACACGUCAAUUAUUUGUACGUUUAUUGGCACUUGUUAAAUGGGCAAAUAGUGCAUCAAAAGUUGAUAAAUCAUCUCAUAUUAUGGGUUUUCUUGAUAAACAAUCAUUAUUAUUUGUUGAUACUGCUGAUAUGCUUGCUAGAAUGGCUAGAGAAACACUUGUACAUGCAAGAUUACCAAAUUUUCAUAUACCAGCAGCUGUUGAAGUUUUGACAACUGGUACAUAUAGUCGUUUACCAGCUUGUAUUAGAGAAAGAAUUGUACCACCAGAUCCAAUAACAUUAAGUGAAAAAAAAUCAACCCUACAAAGACUAAAUCAAGUUAUACAACAUCGUCUUGUAACUGGUAAUUUAUUACCACAAAUGAGAAAUUUAAAAAUUGAAUCUGGUAGAGUUAUAUUUUUAGUUGAACAAGAAUUUUCAGUAUCAUUAACUGUUAUGGGUGAUGGACCAAAUGUACCAUGGAGAUUAUUAGAUUUAGAAAUACUUGUUGCUGAUAGAGAAACUGGUGAUGGUAAAGCACUUGUACAUCCAUUACAAACAAGAUAUGUACAUCAAGUUGUACAAUCAAGACUUGCUGAAACAUCAAAUUCAUUAUCUGAAGUUUAUUUUAUAUUACAUUAUUUUUGUCAAUCAUUACAACUUGAAGUAUUAUAUUCACAAACAUUACGUUUAAUACGUGAUAGAUUAGAUGAUCAUAUACAUGUUGAUGAAUAUACACCAGGUAAAUGUUUAACAAUAUCAUAUUGGCGUGAAUUAACAACAAAAGAUCCAAGAUCAGAACUUGGUUAUAAAUUAACAAUUCAAGUUGAUCAAAAUGAACCAGCAAGACCAUUAGCUGUUAUUCAUGUACCAUCAUUAGGUAGUAAAGAAAGUGAAAUUGCUGAUAGAGCUAUUAGAUCUGAUCAAUUAUCAAUGGAAUGUUUACUUGUACAUACAAUAUAUGUUAGAACAAAAAGUAGAUUAUCUGAUCUUAAACAAGAACUUCAAAGUUCAUUAAAAGAUGUUGAAUGUAGUCUUACUGGUUCACCAGCAAUAUUAUCUGUUCCUGUAUUACAACCAUGUUUAAGAGCUGAAUCAUUAUUAGUUACUGUUGAUACACAUACUGGUAUGUUACAAUGUCAUGUACCACAAUAUGAAGCACCACUUGUACCUGAAUUAACAAGUGCACUUAAUGGUGAUCAUAAUAAAUUACCAAAUUUAAUAUCUGAAUUAAGAUUUUGGAUAACACAAAGACGUUGUGAAAAAACAUUACAACAUUUACCAGCAACACCACAUGAAAGGCUACCAAUUCUUCCUCAUCCUGAACAUACAUUAUCUAAAAUUGGUAAACAUAAAAUGUUUAUACGUUUACACAGGCAUCCAACAGUAAUACUUAUUGUUGCUUUUAAUGAAAAAGAAUCAUCACCAUGUGAAAUUGAGUGUUCAUUUUAUUUAGUUGUUGUUAAACCAAGCUCAAUUGAAGAUGAUCCAAAUGAUGAUAGUAUUGAAACUGAAAUACCAAAAAUGUAUUUAAAAGUACAAAGUUUAAUUGAAUUUGAUACUUUUGUUAUAACACAUGGACCAUUUACAAGUGUUGAUAGUGGAAAUAAUGAACAAGAUGGGGGGUGCAUUACAGAGGUAACAGAUAAAGGAAAUAAAAGACGUAGUACUGGACAAUCUGGACGUAUUGAUGUAGCAGGAACUGGUGGUCAUAAUAGACGUUUUAAACAUCCAGCAUAUUUUAUACCUGAAUUGGCACAUGUUGUUGCACUUUGUGAUGAAAGAAUACCAUUUGUAACUCUUGCACAAGAGUUGACAAAAAGAGAUAUUGCACAUCAAGGUCUUCAAAUUGAGGCAAAUGCAACAGCACUUGUUCUAAAACUUGUUCAAUUACCAGCACCAUCAGAUAAUAUUAGUACAAGUAGUUCAUGGAAUUCAUUAUUAAAACGUUUAUUAAGUGUUGCAAUAAGAGUACAAGGUAAAGGUUUAACAAAAUCAUGGAUGACAGAAUUUGUAUUUUAUGGUAGUCCAUUAUCAAGUAGUCAUCCAAAAGAACAAGGUUUACGUAGACCAGUUUAUUUUCAAUAUGAUAUGGGAAGAGCUGAAUCAGUAUCAAGAACAGUUGAUUUAUUAUUAAAUGAUUGGGCACAAAUUGUACAUUUAUAUUCAAUUGUUGAAGAUCUUGCUGAAUAUUUAACAAUUGAAAAAUAUAAUAUACGUAAUAUGAUUAGUAUUAAAUCAUAUAGUUAUAGUAGAUUAGUUAUUGCAUAUGGACCAAAUCGUGGUGCAACAUUAACAGUACAAUGGAGUACAAAUGAUAAAGCAUUUAAAUUAAUUUUUUGUAAAAGUCCAAAUAAUACAACGAUAAAUGCACAUUCAUUAAUGAAAGAACAACUUGAAGCACAUUUAAAUCGUCAUAAAAAUCUUGCACAAAUAAUACAUAUAUUAAAUGAAACAUUACAGCCAUUAAUAUCAAUAAGUAAAUUACCAAUAAUACCACAAUUAGGUGUACAUAAUUCACGUCCACAAGUACCUGUACAAACAUUUACAAUAAUGCCACAAUGUGUUACACUUGUUAGAUUGGCAUAUCAAGGAAUGUAUUGUCUUGAAUUACGUUUACGUGGUGGUGGAUUAGUUAGUUUAAGAGAUGGUGCAUAUAGUAGAUUUGAUCGUAGUAAUGUUGUUGAUGAAUUUACACCAACACAAGGACUUAAAACAUUUUUAUCAAAAUAUGUUGAUGAAUCAGCAGUAUUUAGACGUCGUUCACAAUCAGAAGAUGAUAAUCCACCAUCACCAGUUACAAUGGGUGAUAAUGAUGGUGGUGGUGGUGGUGGCGGCGGCGGUGGUAGUGUAGGUGGUGGUAGUAGUGGUGGUGGUGGUGGUGGUUUUAUGAGUCAUCAUAGAGGUGGACCACAAUCACCAGCACAACAACGUGAUGGUUUACGUUUUCAUCCACCAUUAACACCACCAUCUGGUUCAAAUCCUCAUACACCAGCAAGUCCACAUACUGCAAAUAUAUCACAAGCAAGUCAACAUCAAUCAUUUGGUAGUAGUCCAGCAACAUCAUUUAAUCUUGCAUCACCACCAUCAUUACCACCAAAUACACCAAAUAUGUUACCACAUCCAUCACCAUCAUCUGGUUUAGUUGCAAAUAGUCCAUUAAAUCAAAUGCAUGUACCAAGUCCAGCUGGUUUAAUGCCAAUAUCAUCACCAGGACCAUGUAGUAAUGUACAAGUUGGACAUUCACCAGCAAGUUCAUUUAUGCAAACUGGACAUAUUGAUGGUAGUCCAUUUCCAUCAUCACAAAGUAUGGCAUCACCAGCAGCAUCAAAUUGGCCUGGUUCACCAAGUGUACCACGUCCAAGUCCAGCAAGACCUGGACAAAGUCCUGGACAUGUUGCAAUGCAUAGUCCACAAUCAUCUGAUCAUAAAAUUAGUAAUCAUAUAUCAAGAGUAUUACCACAAAGAUCAUGGGCUGGUGCUGUACCAACAUUAUUAACACAUGAAUCAUUAGAUUUAUUAUGUAGUCCAUCACCACAUCCAUCUGGUUUACCUGGUCCUGAUUUAUCACCACUUGAAAGAUUUCUUGGUUGUGUUUAUAUGAGACGACAAUUACAAAGAUUUAUACAAACUGAAGAUUGUUUAACGGCAAUUAAUAGUACUGAACCAGGUGUUGUACAUUUUAAAGUUGAUACAUUACAAUGUAGAGUUGGAUUAAAUCCACAACAUUUACAAUCAUUACAUAUUAAAAUUCAACCAUUACCUGAGGCUAAAGAUCAAUGGACACUUGAAGAAUUACAAAUUAUUGAAAAAUUUUUUGAAACAAGAGCUGCUGCACCACCAUACAAGCCAAAUACAGUAUCUGGUUUUGGUAAAAUGUUAAAUGUACCAUUAAAUGUGUUGAAAGAUUUUGUACAAAUAAUGAGAUUUGAUUUAUCACCAAAUCUUGCACAACAACAACAAUUAAAAUGGACAGUACAAUGGUGUUUAAGAAUUCCACCAUCAGCAACACCAAUUGUACCAAUUGGAACGGCUGGUGUACUUGUAUGUCGUGCUAAAAUAUUAUUUUUUCUACAAAUAACAAGAAUUGGUGCUAAUUAUCCUGGUGAACCACCAUCAUUGAUUUUACCACUUGUUUAUGAUGUAUCAACAAAUUUAACACAAUUAGCUGAAAAAAGAGAUCCAGGUCCAGCAACAGCAACAGCUGCUGCAUCAAUACAGUUGAAAAGAUUUGCUGAUUAUAGUAAUAUUCAUGGUGAAUGCUCAUUGUAUCCAGCAGUAAGAGAUUUACUUCAACAUUUAACACUUCCAUCUGAACCACCUGCAUCACCAGCACCUGGACAAAUAACACCAACACAACAAGUACAAAGUCCUGCAAUGCAAAUGCAUUCUCCAAUGGCUGGUGGACAAGGUCCACCACAAGGUGUACCAUAUGGAAUGCAAGGUAUGCCCAACAUGGGUAUGAUGGGUGGUCCUCAAUAGAAAUUCAUUUAUUUUCAUCGUAAUAAUUUAACUAUCAUUAUGCAAUUUAAGAUUAUAUAUACCUUUUCUUUUUUUUUCUUUUUU